AUGCAGGCGGCGCCGCGCAAGACGUUCGACUUGCUGGCUCCCGCUCCGCACCUCGAAUCGGCGUUCUCUCCUCGGAAAGGCAGCGACUGGCAUCUCAACACCAAGUCGCCGCAGAUUUACGACGGUGGCGCGCUUCGACAGGGUGAGGAAGUGAACAUUUGGAGACGCAACUACAUCGGACUCGUGGUGCAGUAUGCGGCCGUUGGUAUGAUCUUUGGUACUCUCCCCGGCACACUUUACCCCUUCCUCUUCAACUACCUCAACAUGGAAGGCACUCAGGUCAUGUCGGCCACUGUGCUGCUCAACAUGCCAUGGUCGUUCAGGGUAUUUUUCGGCAUGCUCACGGACUGCGUCCCUAUCUUCGGCUUCCGACGUCGCCCGUUCAUGGUCCUCGGUUGGACGCUAUGUGUCGCCAUGUUGGUUUUCAUGGCCUUUAAGAAGGUCGGCGCUCCGUACUUCCCAGACAGCAAGUACGCUAAGAUGGACCCGCAUGACCUGACUCCCCAGAUGAUCGCGACUUUCAAUGAGUCGGCACACCACAUAGGCGGCAAGUUUGUUGUGAUGAUGAUGAUCGCCGCUGUCGGCUACGUCUUAGCUGAUGUUGCUGCAGACGCGAUGAUGGUGGAGAUUGCCCAGCGCGAACCGGACGCUAGACGCGGGUACACGCAGACAACGAUCUACAUGGUGCGAACGGCUUUCGUAAUGGUUUCAAACAUUCUGACAGGGUUUGCGUUUAACGGCAAGGACUACGGAGGAGACUUCAACUUUUCGCUGAGCUUUCCUCAGCUAAUGCUCGUCCUCAGCGUUCUCUGCUUCCCAGUGAUCCCGAUCUCGUGGUUCUGCAUCGAGGAAGACUCUCACCCAGGCCUGAUUUUCGGAGAUUACCUCGCUGAACUCUGGCGUCUCGUUCAGAUGCGACCCAUGUACCAGGUCAUCGCGUACAAGUUUCUCAUGGGUAUUUUCAAGAAUUUCAGCGUCACGUGCUUGGACCCGAUGCAAAGGUACUGGGCCGAUGUCACACCUCUCAACGAGAAGAUCAUGACAAUUGUGGGGAACGGAGUGUUCGCGAUCACGUUGUAUCUUACUGGGAAAUAUGGUCUUCACUGGAACUGGAGGAAGAUGCAUGCGUACACACUUAUCUCGGUUGUGGCUAUGGAGUUUAUCGUAACGAUGCUCACGACGUGGGGCGCCAUUCGCAACCGAUGGUUCUGGUUAGGCGUACCUGCCGCAGAGUCCCUUCCGAAUGGAAUCGCCUUUGUGAUCGCAACGUUCGUCACGGUCGAGUUGGCCGGCGAAGGCAACGAAGGCGCCGUAUACGGCUUGGUCGGGUCGGUGUACAACAUGGCAACGCCUCUCGCCAGCACAUUGACGAAAUAUGUGAACAGCCACUUUGACGUGACCAACAGCGACAUUCUCGAGGAUUCAAGGCACGUACGAUGGGAGGUGACGUACGUCCUGUUGAUCCGGUACUCGGUGAACCUGGCUGCUCUGUUUUUCCUGCCCUUGCUACCUCGUCAGAAGGCAGACACACAGCAGCUCAAGCACUUUGGUGGCUCGAGUCGCUUCAUGGGGAUGCUAACGCUCACGUACUUCACGGCUACGCUGUGCUGGACCGUUAUGGUGAAUGUAUUGAGCAUUUACCCGACUACUUCCUGUCUUCGCAUUGCAGGUGGCCCUGGAUGCAACGCAAGUAAUGAUCAUCAUCACCAGUCAUAG